UAGAGAAAAAAAAAUAAAUCAAGUCUUUGAUUGAUUGUCGCCUGCCUAUUCUAUCAAUGGUCGUUUGUUUAUAUAUUGCAAAAACAUCUUCUCAAGUGGGCAAAAUCAUGAGUUGUUUUUCUUCGUCUUGGGAUGGAACCCUCUCGCCGAAUGAUUUCUCUGUUGCUGCUCGCGUUUUUACCGAGAGAUGGGAGAGGAAUAACUCUUCUUCCCCUUCAUGGUUUUGGGUCAAUUCUCCAAAAGGACCUCCUUUCCUUGCUUCUUCUCAACAUGUGGAUGGAUACUUGUCUUUGGAGAACAUGUGUGUUCUUGUCUCAGCUGAGGAUAAUAAUGAAGAAGUAAGUUGCACUGUGGAAGAGGAGGCUGGUUUCUCUGAGAUAGAAGGGGCAGCUGAUAGUGCCACACUUGUUCAAAGCAAUCAUCAUGAAGCGCAUUACUAUGAUUUUCAUAUAGUAUAUAGCGCUUCAUACAGGGUUCCUGUGCUAUAUUUCCGUGCAUACUGCAGUGAUGGAAGGCCGUUGCUGUUGAAUGAAAUUGAAAAGGACCUUCCAGCUUGCUCCUCGAAGGUGUUGUUGGAAACAAAGUGGACUUUCAUAACUCAGGAGGAGCAUCCAUUCUUGAAUAGGCCAUGGUACAAAUUACAUCCAUGCGGGACCCGUGAAUGGAUGAAGUUGCUUUGCCUUGGCGAUGAGGUUGCAGCUAAGAAUGGACUGGCCAUUGAACUAUAUCUGGUGUCAUGGUUCUCGGUCGUUGGGCAGGUGGUUGGUCUCAAGACCCCCCUAGAAAUGGUGAAAAAAUCAGUGUAAUCACGGCAAUGCUUCGGACAAAAAAUGAACUCAUAAGUACAUGGCUUAAAGAAGUGCAUUACUACUCUUGCAGUGAGCUUUGAUCCAAUUUUGACGAUUCCUAUGUCCCAUGUGAGGCUGUUUUUCUUGUGUUCCAUAGUUUAAAUUCUUCAUCGACAUCCUAGAAAUCGUUUUUUAGUGUUUGUCUAUCUUGGUGACUGCUAUGGAUGAUUGAAAGAUGGCAGACCUGUAAACCUCAAUUCAUAAACAAAAUAUUUCUGUAAAGGUUUAUUCAA